AUGCAGAGGCCAAGAUUUGAAGUGCCUGAAGCUUUGGUGAUGGAAAUUCUCUCUAAGCUUCCAGUUAAAUCCCUUACUCGCUUCAACUGCGUUUAUAAGGCUGCCAUUUGGAACCCAUCAACUAGAGAAUUUAAAAUCCUUCCUCCAUCCUCAGCUCAACGCCCUACUUACCUAGGCCAUACUUAUGCCUGUGUUUAUUUUAACCACGGUGAUUUUGUGUUUGAUUCUAAAGCUGAUGACUACAAAUUCAUGCGAUUUGUUACUCUUUCUUUUGUUAAUACUGAAUAUGAAAAUGCAUUUGCUGAAAAUAUGUCCCAAGUUGAGCUGUAUUCUCUUAAAUGUGAUUCUUGGAAGGAAAUCUCAUCUCCUAAUUAUACCCCAUGUGGUUUAAAUUGGGGUGAUAAUUACUUAGAUGGAAUUUGUUAUUGGGAGACAACGAUGGGGUACUAUCCUGAUGAAAAAGAAAUGAUUCUUUCAUUUGACAUGGCUAAUGAGAAGUUUUCGGUUUCACCUAUCCCAAAAUUUUUCGAGUCUUACCCAGAACACUGUAUUCAAGUAUUGGUGUUUAAUAAAUCGCUUGGUGUUUUUGCUUACCCAGUGGAAGGAAUUGACAAAUCUUUUAAUUUAUGGGUUAUGAAUGAAGGAAUAAGGUUUUCAACAAUUCAGCAUUGA